AAAAAAUUACUCCAUGCACUUUACGCGUGGAAUUUCACGGGUGCUGGGAGCGCGAAGAGAGAAACACGAGAUCAGCCCUUCUUCUCCAACCUAGCAAAGCCAAGAGCCUCUGUAUCAACACCACAACCUUAAUACUACCACUACUCAAUACCCAACCUUGGCCAACCCCCAUCAACUACACUCAGCGUCGUGAAUAAAAUCUAAAUCCAAUUGCUUUGUACUCUCACAGCCUCUCCACAGACCAUCACCCAACCAUAGCCCCCACCAACAAGGAAACCCCCCAUCAAAAACCAAUCACCAUGGCUACCAGACGACCCAUCUCAUCAGACAGAACAAUCCCAUCACAAGAGACCAAUGAAUUCACACAAAAAGCUGGAGAGAAAAGCAUCAUCGCCCCUGCCGUUCCAGCGUACGUCUUCUCCCCUCUCUCUAUAAAGCCUCUAAUCCCAUCUCACCCUGCCACCCAUCCCAAAAUCACAACUAACACCCACCACAGACACGUAAUCUUCAAACUCCUCGGUUUCACCCUAGCAAUGGUAGUCUGUCCUUUGGGAACCUACUAUCUCUCGCUAGACACCAUCUUCCGUGGUCCGUUAUCCAUUCACUCACUCUUCCUUAUCCUGUGGCUUGGCCCUAGAGCUGUAUAAAAUUGCCCCAUCUUGGCAAUCAUUAUAUCGCUCAUCCAAACUAACAGUGAACAUUCAGGUAAUUCAACAUAUGCAGGAGCGUCAGCGGCAAUCAUGGCAAACAUUGUCUUGAUGGGUUACGUCAUCGUUGCGUUCAGAGAGGAUCAGAGUGACGCAAUUGAGGCUGCAGAAAAGGAGAAGAAGGGAAAGUGA